AUGGUUAAAUGUGACAUUUGCAAGCUAGAUGUUACGGGAAACAUUUAUAAACACAAACGAAAUAAGCAUAAAUGGGACAGAGGCGGAACGAAAUUGAUAAAGCCAGAGGAUAAAAUGAAAAUCGAAACAAUUGAAAAUGAAGUAACAUUCAACACAUAUAGCAUUUUAUAUUUAAAGCGUCUCGCAAAUUUUGCGCAAACUUUAAAUUUGGUAACUACGAUUUAUGGCCCUGAUGCACCACAGCCAGAGCUCAUUAUCACAAGAGUAAAGUCGCAGAACGAAACAAAUGUGCCCCAAUUAGUAGACCAACUCUACUCGGAAAUCUCGGCUCGUGCGGAUAAUACAGAUAAUGGCGCAGUUUAUGCGAAUGCUUUGCUCAAUAAAAACAUCUUUGUUCCACCUACAACCAAAGGCGAUGAAAAAUACCGUGAAAUGCGAUCCAAUCUACCAAUAUUUCAGCGACGACGUGAAAUAAUUAAUUUGAUACAUCAAAAUCAGGUCGUGGUGAUAUCGAGCGAAACGGGGUCAGGCAAAACAACACAAAUUCCACAAUAUAUUUUGGAAGAUUGUGAGCAACGUCGUGAAAAAUGUAAAAUUAUUUGCACAGAGCCACGACGUUUGGCUGCUACGUCAAUAGCAACACGGAUCGCUAAAGAGCGUGGCGAUAUCAUCGGCCGUUCUGUGGGUUAUCAAAUUCGUUUGGACAGCCGCAUAGGUUUUAACACGAAUCUAAUUUUCACUACAAGCGGAUUUUUAUUGGGUAUUUUGGCCGGAUGCGAAGAAACGGGUGUGUUUAAAAAUACUACACAUUUGAUUUUGGACGAGGUACAUGAACGGGAAAUGGUAACAGAUUUCUUGUUGAUUGUAAUUCGGGAAGCAAUGCAAGCAAAUCCAAAUUUGAAAGUCGUUUUAAUGUCGGCCACACUGAACAGCGAAAAAUUUAGUGAAUAUUUUAAUGGUUGUGCGAUUAUCGAUGUGCCAGGACGUAUCUUUGACGUGCAAAUCAUUCAUCUAAACGAAGUUCUAUUCAAAACUGGAUAUAAAACAAGCGAAAUGAUCAAUUAUAUGGAAAAGAAUCCAGUAUCGCAGAUUUUGCGUGUAGAAGACGCGGACAUGCUGAAUAUAUACCGCAAUAUGUGCGACCGUCAACUUGAUUCUUUUCUUAUUCGGCAAGAUGAUGAAUCUAUUGAAGAGAUUUUUUCUCUGAUUGAGAAUGAAUAUAUGCCGGUUAAUUACGUUCACCGUACAAAACAACGUACCGCAUUGGGAAUUGCAGCGGAAAAUGGUUUACUGGGUGUGCUGACAAAGUUACUAGCCUUUGGUGAAAGCCCAAUAUUCAGUGAUCCAUAUGGGAAAAGUGCAUUUGACUAUGCAAAACAACAUGGCCAAGAAGUGUGCUGCGAGCUUUUUGCGUGUUAUCAACGUGUGGCCACAACUACAACAUGGAAAAAUUACACAGAAAUCGCGAAGGCGUACCGAGAGACACAAGGCACUCGAAAUGUUAUUGAUCACGAUUUAGUUUUCCAUGUCAUUAAUCAUAUCCAUGAGAACACUCCAAAAGAUGGUGCUAUCCUCGUCUUUGUGCCUGGAUAUGACGAUAUUUGUGAACAAAAAGAAAAGAUAGAGAGUGAACAUGGAUUACAAGAUUUGGCGUAUAAGCUUUUUGUGUUACAUAGCCAAGUAAAUGAUGAUAAGAACGAUGAGCAAGAGCGUAUUUUUGAUAAAAUGGAAAAUGGCAUUCGCAAGAUAAUUCUAUCCACCAACAUCGCUGAAUCAGCGCUCACAAUUGAUGAUGUCAUUCACGUUAUCGACACUGGCAAGGCGAAGCUAUUAAAUCAUGACUCUGAGACUAGAUCUUCCCGUUUGGAAUUAAAGCCAAUUUCACAAGCAUGCGCCAAGCAGCGCUCGGGAAGAGCUGGGCGCAUUCGAAAUGGGUAUUGUUAUCGUUUAUAUUCAUUGGAACAAUACGAGAUGAUGCAAAAAUAUAAGCUGCCUGAAAUAGUACGAGUUCCUCUAACGCAACUUUGCCUCCAUGCGAAAAUAUUAGCCGCUGCCGAUACAUCAAUUGGCACAUUCCUAUCGAAAGCACUUGAACCACCGCCACCAGAAAAUGUACGUCAAAGCGUCGAAUUGUUAAAAGAAAUCAAUGCGCUAGAUGCCAGCGAAAGUAUCACGGAUUUGGGUAUACAUUUGGCCCGUAUGCCAAUAGAUUGCCAAAUAGCCAAAAUGGUUUUAUACGCAAUUGUUUUGCGAUGCUUGGAUCCAAUUGUGAUCAUUGCCAGUGCAUUAUCGGUGAGAGAUUUAUUCCUUCUCCCACUUGAUAAUGCACGUGAAGCGAUAGAAAAAAUCAAUGAAACAAAAAAUCGAUUCACUGGAGAUGAACGGAGCGAUCAUAAAAUGUUUUUGAAUAUCAUUGAAAAUUGGUCAAAACUUUUGCGAGAGCAUCAACGUCAAUUUUGUUGCGAGAAUCUCAUCUCACAAGGUAAUAUGUUGAAGGCUGAGGGCAUUCGACGUUUGAUCUUCAAUCAAUUAUUCAAAUCCGGCUUGAUUUCGCAAACAAUGCGUCAAAUAAAUGAAAAUUCCAGCAAUUGGUUGUUCAAGCGUGUAUUAUGGCCGGCAUGUACCCCAAUCACAUCAGAAAGUGACCUGAAUAACGCUGAAUUAGUGGUUUUUGAACAAAAAAUUCAACGCAGGAACGGUCACUUUAUUCUCAAAAAUAUUUGUGUUUUGCUGCGAGAAACUAAAGCUCUGUUGCCAAAAUUGGAAGAAAUUCUAUUCCAAUUUGCUCGCAAUUGA